ACGGCACGCAACACACGCCUUUAUCCAGGGGAAGCAGGAGCCAGUGUUUUCAUUGAUGGAUUGGUUCACUAGGAAAAGCGUUUCCGCUUUUUGGACAUCCACAACAAGAUAUUUCGAGUUGACAGGGAUUACAUUAUGAUGAAUAAUAGCAGCGAUCCGUUGCUUGUUUCUUGUGAUCACAUAUGUUGGGAAGACAAAAUUGAUCAACUGAACGAUUUUAUGGUAGUUCGAAAUGUGCCCGUCCUAUUGUUCAUGUGCCUGCUAGUGAUCAUAGGAAUCCCUGGUAAUCUAAUCGUGAUUUGGAUGUAUGGUGUGCGAAAGGUUCGAACCACUGCCAAUUGCUUCGUCAUCACUCUGGCCUGUGUUGAUCUAACUUCAUGCGUUGUUAUACAUCCAUAUGUUAUAUCUAAAUUAUUUAACAGCUACAAUCAACAACAAGUAUUGACCUGCAAGUUGUUCGAGUUUUUGAUUCAUUCUACUUUGUCGAUAUCGGCCAUCGUUUUGUUUGUGGUCGCCAUAGAUAGAUACCUUGCAAUUUGCAAACCGUUCCAUUUCUUAAAAUAUCAGAAAUACGCUACGGCAAUUCUGAUUGCAACGUUUGCAAUAGGUAUAGUAGACAGUCUUCCUUUGUUGGAGUUUUACGGGAAAAGAACGAUAGAGUUACAUUCAAGUUCCAACAGAAAGAUCAAAGGAUACAUUUGUGACUUCAGCGAUGUGUAUCAAGGAUCAUCAUCAAUGGCGUCGUUUGGAAUGUUUAUGUUUGUUUGUUUCUCAAGUAUAGUAGUUGGGAUGACGAUAAUGUAUUUCAAUGUAGCCCGAACCGCGUAUAAACGUCGAUCGAGACUUGUUUCUCCCGUGGACUUGGUCUCCGAUUUCUCAGACAGAAAUAGCAAAUAUUACAGUAAAGGAACGAUUCGAACCUCGCCAGGUAAAGGUGGUAGAAGUCAGGAUGGGACGAUUAGUCCUGUCAUGGGAUUGUCUGGAUCUUCGAAUCUAUGUUCAGUAUCAACAGUUGGACACGUAUCGUUGACUAUCAACAUGUUCACAGCAAAUACGUAUAAGGAUUUGGAAGCAAAGACGACACAACAGUCUACGGCGAAAAACUACAGCAAAUAUGCCGAGACAUUAAAUCUAAACUCAGAUAAUGGGAAAACCUUGAAGGACAACACAUUAAAGAUAAGCAGGGUGUCAGCACAGGAUAGGUUACAAUGGAAAGACAAUAGACAGUAUAAUUAUAGAUACAGCGCCAGGUUGAAGGCGGCAAAGAUCCUGUUUCUGGUUACGGCUCUAUUCCUUCUGUCCUGGCUUCCGUUUUGGGUAAUCAGAUUUCUCUGGCUCUUCGCACCAUCGUACAUGUCCACCCAAUCAGAGACCGGGAAUGCGAUAGAACAUUUUUUCAUGCACUUGUUUUAUCUAAAUAAUGCGGCGAACCCUGUUAUUUAUACAAUCAUUAACAAGAAUUUUCGUGAGGAAUGCCGCGUAUAUUGGGAAAGGUGUCGUGUUAAGAUUGACCCAGCGUGAUCUGACACCUCCUCCUACUUAUUCUAUUCGACGGUGUUUUUUCAGAACUACUGUCAUUGUGGGACAAUACACCUUUGAUACGGUGAUUAUUUGAACUCUUUUCGUUUUGUCCUGUCCGGCCUAAUAUUUUGACCGGGUGAUGUGACUUCUAUAUUUUCGCUAUUAGUAUACAUUUCUUUUUAAACCUUUCAUUCAAUCAUCUAGCAAAUACUUCAAAGGUGUUUUUAUUUGCUUAUUGAUUUGACCCGUUUUUGUACAUUUCUAUAUUGUGUUUGAUGUCUGGCAGCAUGCAUCUUUACUAAUGAAAAUUUGGUUUGACGUAGGUUUUGAUGGCGGGUGGUUUUCACGUGGCAGGAGACGCUUUCCUUUCGGAUUACCAUUUGGUUAUAUCUAACAAUAAGCUGUGAUUUCCUGAUGGCUCCCCGAGAGCUAUAAACUCUAACAUAUCUAACAAUAAGCUGUGAUUCCCAGAUGAUUGCCCGCGAGCUAUACACUCUAUUAUAUCUAACAAUAAGCUGUGAUUCCCUGAUGAUUGCCCGCGAGAUAUAAACUCUAUUAUGUCUAACAAAUAAGCUGUGAUUCCCUGAUGAUUGCCCGCGAGCUAUACACUCUAUUAUAUCUAACAAUAAGCCUGAUUCCCAGAUGAUUGCCCGCGAGCUAUACACUCUAUUAUAUCUAACAAUAAGCUGUGGUUCCCUGAUGAUUGCCCGCGAGAUAUAAACUCUAUUAUGUCUAACAAAUAAGCUGUGAUUCCCUGAUGAUUGCCCGCGAGAUAUACACUCUAAUAUAUCUAACAAUAAGCUGUGAUUCCCUGAUGAUUGCCCGCGAGCUAUACACUCUAUUAUAUCUAACAAUGAACAGUGAUUCCCAGAUGGUUGCCCGCGAGCUAUACACUCUAUUAUAUCUAACAAUAAGCCUGAUUCCCAGAUGAUUGCCCGCGAGCUAUACACUCUAUUAUAUCUAACAAUAAGCUGUGGUUCCCUGAUGAUUGCCCGCGAGCUAUACACUCUAAUAUAUCUAACAAUAAGCUGUGAUUCCCUGAUGAUUGCCCGCGAGCUAUACACUCUAUUAUAUCUAACAAUGAACAGUGAUUCCCAGAUGGUUGCCUGCGAGCUAUACACUCUAUUAUAUCUAACAAUAAGCCUGAUUCCCAGAUGAUUGCCCGCGAGAUAUACACUCUAUUAUAUCUAACAAAAAGCUGUGGUUCCCUGAUGAUUGCCCGCGAGCUAUACACUCUAUUAUAUCUAACAAAUAAGCUGUGAUUCCCUGAUGAAUGCCCGCGAGCUAUACACUCUAUUAUAUCUAACAAUGAACAGUGAUUCCCAGAUGAUUGCCCGCGAGCUAUACAAUCCAAUAUAUCUAACAUUAAGCUGUGAUUCCCUGAUGAUUGCCCGCGAGCUUUACACUCUAAUAUAUCUAACAAUAAGCCUGAUUCCCUGAUGAUUGCCCGCGAGCUAUACACUCUAUUAUAUCUAACAAUAAGCCGUGGUUUCUGAUGAUUGCCCGCGAGCUAUACACUCUAUUAUAUCUAACAAUAAGCCUGAUUCCCUGAUGAUUGCCCGCGAGCUAUACACUCUAUUAUAUCUAACAAUAAGCCGUGGUUUCUGAUGAUUGCCCGCGAGCUAUACACUCUAUUAUAUCUAACAAUAAGCUGUGAUUCCCUGAUGAUUGCCCGCGAGCUAUACACUCUAUUAUAUCUAGCAAUAAGCUGUGAUUCCCUGAUGAUUGCCCGCGAGGUAUACACUCUAUUAUAUCUAGCAAUAAGCUGUGGUUCCCUGAUGAUUGCCCGCGAGCUAUACACUCUAUUAUAUCUAACAAUAAGCCGUGAUUCCCAGAUGAUUGCCCGCGAGCUAUACACUCUAUUAUAUCUAACAAUAAGCUGUGAUUUCCUGAUGGCUCCCCGCGAGCUAUAAACUCUAAUAUAUCUAACAAUAAGCCGUGAUUCCCAGAUGAUUGCCCGCGAGCUAUACACUCUAUUAUAUCUAACAAUAAGCUGUGAUUUCCUGAUGGCUCCCCGCGAGCUAUAAACUCUAAUAUAUCUAACAAUAAGCCGUGGUUCCCUGAUGGCUCCCCGCGAGCUAUAAACUCUAAUAUAUCUAACAAUAAGCAGUAAGUCAGUCCCUGUGUGUGUGUACUCAUUUCUUUCGGUUUUGUUUAAAAUCACAUUUUGUUGUGGAUAUGCGUCAAAGAAAACAAGCACAACAAUGUUUUAAAAACAAGCCAUUAGGCUAGAUGAAACAUACAAAAUAAAUAGAUAAUGAUUACGAAAACAUCCGUAAUAAUAUCAUUUCUUUUCAAUCCCGUCACAAACAAUACAUAAUUAUAAGAUUUAUUAACGUUUUAUUUUACAUACACACUAGUUUCAGCGUAUAAGCCAUUGGUUAUCUGCCAGUGCGGGGUAUCUUUUUUUACGAUAAUGACUUGUUAUUGCAACACUGUGUGACAGGCAAUUAGCAGUGGUAGGUAUAGUAAUAAUAUGUCAGAUUAUUGCCAUCAGGUACUAUCUAUGAUAUCAACUAAUAUCUAAAUCGCUGAAUACGUUAAUGUAUCUCGUUAGGAAUCAACAUGAUAGAAUAAGGAGAUGGGUUUAAAAGUCACCAAUCC